ACUUCUCGCGAGGCCGGUGGAGGCCCCUUUGGCUGGACACACCUGAGGGGGCGUCAGUUGCCAGCCUCUGCCUGAUCCUCAGACUCCCUUAUAAAAUAUUAAGGGUGAGCUGGCCCGAGAUGAGUCUGGAGUCGUUGUUUCAGCACAUCAUCUUCACUGAGCAUCAGGCCGAGGAGAGCCGCAGAGUGAUGCGGGAAGUGAGGUCAGAAAUUGCCAGAUGUCGCGGGAAAAUUAAGAAAGCAACAGAGGAUCUGAAUGAAGAAAAGAUCAAGUUGGAAUCCAAGGUUCAGCAGUUUUCUGAGAAAACUUUCCUCUUAGAGCUUUUGAAAACCCGUGAAAAUGCAUUAGAGAGACAGUGCAGUGCGAUUGUCAGUGAGCGGGACAGACUGCUCCAAGCCUGCGAGGCUAUAAAGAAAAAAACCACAGAGCAAGAGGAAAGAUUUAUUAAGGAAAUUACAGACUUCAAUGACAAUUAUGAAAUAACCAAGAAAAGAGAUGCUUUGAUGGAAGAAGAUAUCAAGCUGGAGAUGGCUGACUUAGAAAACCAGGCAGAGGCUUUGAGAGGGGAGAUGAAGUCAAUGGAAUAUAACAGUGGCCAGUUACAGGAACUUCAAAAGCUAAAAAGUGAACUGUUACAAGAAUUAUUUACUCUCCAGAAAAAGCUUAAAGUUCUUAAAGAUGAAGAGACUGAAGCCAUUUGUAUCACCAAACAUCUAGAGGCAGAAAAAAUCAAAAUAAGAGAAAAGCCUCAACAUGACCCCGAGUGUGUGCGGCUUAAAAGGGAGCUAGAUCUUUAUAAAGAAGAAGACAUGGAAAGUGUGUGCAGAGCUCUCCAAAUAGAAGUAGACCUUCUGGAGUCGACACUGGUGCCAAAGGAUCCUCAGGACAAUAACUCCUUGAGCCGAUGAGUCACCCCACACUUGAGCAUCAUAGAACCCAACAUGAGUGGAACCUGUAGAGCAGAUCUCUAUAUGAACAUGAGGUUCAGACAGCUGAAGAGUGCUGACUUUUUUGUAUACCUACAUGAUAAGUUUUGUCUUGUUACUUAAGAAGUCCUCCUCGUGCGGUUUUGAAAGAUACUGAACUCCAGGCUUCUUAAGCUGCUCUGUCCUUUGUGAUCUGUCUGCCUCAUUUUUUAUUGUGGCUCGCCCUAAGUCCUGUCAAACACACACGGAAAGAAUGUUCAGGUUAUUGAUUCAGUUGUGUUGGUGCCAUUUCAGCCAGAGAAGAGUACUUACUUUGAUUUUAUUCUUUUUCCAAUCAUAAAAUGUCUGUCAACAGCGAUCAUUUGAGGCCUUUCAUUCCUGUGUGUGUCUGCAGAGCUUCAAAGUCUGAGGCAUCUCUAGACAUUUGCCACUGGUUUCUGUGCCCACCACUUCUCUGAAUAACAGCCUUGGUUGGGAGUAAAGGAAGUUCUUCACUUGUGGAGGCAUAGACAGUCCAGCAUCGUGAAAUCUCCAGGAUGUAUUGUUUACUCUCCAUGAUGGUCUGUCCAGCUCCUAGAUCAGGUAUUUUCACUACUGUCUCACUAGGAUCAGAGCUGUUGUGUUUUCACUAGUGUUUCACCAGUAUCGGAGCUAUUUAGUCAGCCUAGACCAGGCUAGGUGGAAGGACAGUGUGUCAGAAGUGUUAAGUGUUGAUGUUGGAGCCAUGUCCUUUGAAUUUGUUUAGUGCCUCACAUGACUAGUUCAGAAAUGUCUCAAAUCCAUUUGGGUUACAGUAGAGUCCCUUUCUUUGCUGCAGCUGUUUUUGUAACUGUUGUAAGUUCUUAGUUUUGACAAAAUAGGAAACUUGUCUUUGGGGCCAAGGCACUUGAAUCUUUGCCUGUGACUACUAAGUAAUGCCAGUGUGCUGAGAGUCGAUGUUCCCUCCUUUCCACCACAGCCACUCGUAUGCGUGGCUGGUUCUAGGGUGGAAUUCUGGUAGCCCGGGGAUUCCUGUUGUGCCGUCCCCACACAGGCACACAUGCAGAACCGACCACCAUGUAUAUGACUGUCAUCUGCUUGUCUGUCAUAUGGAACUGUAGGUACAGUAUUCAGUGACAGGAGCAGGAAUGGUGUGAGCUGAGCCUCAGAGAAGGACUGAGGCUUAGUGUUUCCAUUAUUCAAGAUGGAAGAAAUAACUCAAGAUUUAAGUCACUGUUCACAUAGUCAAAGGUGGACAUACUGUAUGAGAGAGCAACACAGUACUAGCCUUGUGACUGGACUGUGUCCUCGGGACGAGUUCUGUGAAGCAGAGGGGACAGUGGCCGGCACAGCCGCCCGAGGGUUAAGCUGAGCUGCCCCAUGGUGCAGGUCUUCAGUUGUUGGUUUCUUCUCCUUUACGUAUUUGUAAGUCAUAAACCUCUGGGAAGGAAAAUUAACUGAAAUUGUGUGCGUGUAAAUAUGUCUCUGACUGAAUUUAAUUACUCUGGAAGUGAGACAGUGACUAUAGAGAGAGGCAGUUUGUGAGCAAGAGAGUAUUCAUUAAGUAAAUUCAUUAAAGCGGUUGCAUGUUUAGUCCUGAGCACAGUGCCACUAACCCAUGUGAUCCCAACACUGCGCUUGCCCGGCCUGCCAGGCCGCCAUGGAUCUUCCAUGCCACCUACUGCUUUCAAGAAGCGCUUUCCAACUCUUACCCCUCCACCGGAGACUAUUAGAGUGUAUAUUUUGUUACGUAUUCUUCUGUUGAUUGACGGAGCCACUUGUCUAGAGAAAAAUAGCAGUAAAAUCAUAGGAUGUGGAACGUGCCCUAGUGGAGACCGCUUUCUCUGCUUUCUCUUCCUAGACCUAGGGUUGAAAGGUAGGAGGUGUGAGGAGGACAAAGAGCUUUAUGGGUAUGAGGCCAGACAUGGUGGCCUCCUCACUGUUUUGUUCAGAACGUUUUCCUUGGUAAAAGAAACAAAGAUUAAAGAGCAUUUGCCUGC